AUGGCAGGCGCGGACAGCGGCAUCGGCCGGUCCGUUGCCGUACACUUUGCCCGGGAGGGCGCCGCGGGUGUUGUCGUGUGUUUUCACACGCACACUGAGGACGCGGAGGAGACCAAGCGACUGGUGGUCAAGGAGGGAGCGAGGUGCACGCUCAUUUCGGGCGAUGUGGGCGACAGCUCCUUUUGCAACAAAGUGGUCGACGACACCAUCAAGGAGUACGGCCGUAUUGACGUGCUGGUGAACAACGCUGCGGAGCAGCACCCCGCGGACGACAUCACCACAAUGGAUCCUGAGCGCAUCCAGAGGACUUUCCGUACAAAUAUUUACUCCCAGAUCUUCCUCUGCCGGGCGGCCUGGCCGCACCUGAAGCGAGGCGCCUCCAUCAUCAACACCUCCAGCGUGAACGCCUACGCGGGCCACUCCCAGUUGCUGGACUACACUGCGACCAAGGGGGCCAUCACCGCAUUCACAAGAGCCAUGCACAUGAUGGCGCUCAGCAGCGGCAUCCGGGUGAACUCGGUGGCCCCCGGCCCCAUCUGGACACCCCUCAUCCCCGCCACCUUUCCCGAGGAGAAGGUGAAGAGUUUUGGAUCCAGCACCCCGCUGGGCCGCGCCGGGCAGCCCAGUGAGGUGGCCCCGUCGUACGUGUUCCUGGCGUCGGAGGAUUCGUCGUACAUCAGCGGCCAGAGUCUGCACCCCAACGGCGGCCGAGUCGUCAACGCUUGA